ACGAUAGAGAAAUUAAUGUAAGUUGAGGUCCUUCAAAACAAAACUACAAAGUUGACCAAAAACAAAGAUUACAAAAGGAAAAAGACAAACUCACACCGAAACCACACCCAUAUUGUGUAUCAAAGACUUUCACGAUUGUUUUGGUAUCAAAAUAAGCAGUGAUCAUCGUUGUUUGGUUUUCAUGAAAUGACAAAGAAUGAUGCUCCUCCACCUGUAUCUCCAACUGGGUUACUCAUGAAGCGCUUCAAGUUCGUAUGGCGCUUUCUCUUGCUCUCCAAUCUUGCACUUGGAGCUUUUCUUUUUGCAAGGGCACAACGGAGAGACUCAAUGGAAGUUCAUAGGAAAAGAGCAGCGCACAGAUUGCAUAAGGGCAAAGCUACCGUUGAAGUUCCUCCUGAACCCAUCACAAGAUCAAUGGACCUAAAUUAUGAAGAUUUCUUUGUCCCUGUUGUAAUGCCCCUGGAAGUGCGAGCUCCGAUUACUGAAGAACAGCAACGUGAAGUUUUCAAAUGGAUGCUGGAAGAGAAAAGAAAAGUGAAACCAAAGGAUGCUAUGGAGAAAAAACUAAUUGAUGAAGAAAAGGACAUUCUUAAGCAGUUCUUGCGUGCAAAGUCUAUACCCAAGUUUUAACUUCAACUGCACUAUUUCAUAUUAAUAACUGAUACAUUGAAGUUUCAGUCUGAUAAAUAGUCUUGACUUUGACUAGCUCAUCUAUUCCGAAAGUUCAUUUUUUGCUGAACAGGACAGUAAUGAGUUAAUGGCAUUGCAUUUCCAAGAGUUUUAGGGAAGCAAGCAUCAACUUAACCUGACUACAUUCUUGUAUUCAUUCAGUUGUGCGUUAGGAGAGAACUGUAGUCUGUAGCCUUCUUCUUAAUUUAUGGAUUGGAGCAUAGAUAUUAUGCAGGAACAUUAGUGUUAUAUCAACAACUUCAUUAAAAAUAAGAACCCCAUUGCCCACUGGUAGGUAUCUACUUAUCAAUUAUAUUAUUCUUUUCUUUUUGCUCUUAAUGUAUGAUAUCUUUGUAUC